AUAAGUGUGCCUCACUUUUCCAUGGAGUUCAGUCUCCUGAGAUGUGCUGAUUAUCUAUCACAUGCCCUGGAGCACUUGGGAGCCCCAGGCCUGCAAUCCACCCUUCCAGGCAAUAUCUUAAUUUCCCUUUGAUUUCCUCUUCUGGCUUCCUACAAGGAAACCCACUUUGGGUGGGGGAUUCUAUUAUGUGAUCAUCCUCCUCCAUAGAGGAGCAAGACGCCUUUUGUUACUGGACCAUGAGGAAAGGCAGCCUGCUCCUGUGGCUUUCCCAUUGUGGCUGUGGUUGCCCAGCACCCAGACACAUUUCCUAGCACCGUGGAGACUUCGCUCUUCCUCCACUCUCUUGAGGCUUUGUCCACAAACCUUUGCCUGGAAAACAGCAGAGCCCUUCUGGAGGGAUGUAACAUUUCCAACAGUUUUUCUGACAGUGCAGAGACACCAUUCCCAUCCUUAGCAACAUGUGCUAAAUCAACCAGUCUUUUCUCUGUGUAUGUUUGGCAGCUGGGACAAUGACAGAGGAGUGUCAGGAGGAUGCUAGUGCUACACUGCUGGAAUCAAAUAACCAUCUUUGUCAGCUUUGCUUUGCUAACAUAGUCAUCAGCUCCUAAAGUUCACUGUGGGCAUCAGUGGCCAAUUCCCAUGUGCAUGAAGAACUGAAUACUAUUUUAGCUGUCACUAGUAUUUGAGAAGUUGUGAUGUAGCAGAACUGGUUCCCCAAAGACUUGUUGCAAGGGAUGCUCAAGGACAUAAGAGGAGCCCAGAUCUGGAAUUGCACCGUGCUCCACCCUCUGCUCUGCACAUUUAUGCACCAAUGGCCUCCAGAGUCCCAUGGAGGAAGCCCCCAGUGCAAGUGGGACCCAGCAUGGCUGGGUGGCCACAUGGGUGGUCAGCCUGACUCUCAGACUUUCCCCGCUCUAGUUGCUGUGGCAGAGGUGAGAUCUCCUGUUUGUCCAUUAUGCAGAUGUUCUGGGAAACAAGGGUGUGACAACCAUGGUUGACCUUCAUCCACUGCCGUGACUUCUAGGCAAGAGGUCCACCUACUGAUCUUCCAAAUUACCAAUUCUACGUUUUCUGCAGAACCCUUAGGUCACGGGAAAUGAAAUGACAGGUCAUAUCCUGUUCUGUGUCCACUCAUGGUAUCUGAUGGUAUCGUACCCUGUGCCAUGUCAGGACACUGCUGUCAUCAGGGCUCUGGACGGUUUCCUCUGCAAGGCUGUGUGGUAUCCUUGACACUGCACUUUUUCCAUUGUGUCAUGGCUUUCAGCAAUGUUUCCAUCCUUGGUUGCUGUCUGCCUAUAUAAGAGGGCAGAACCCAGGGAUCCCACACCAGGAACAGUGAGGGACACUCUGCGACAGUCCAGCCUCACUCCUACAAUUCACCUCUACCCAAGAGGACCAUGAAGACCUUCACAGCAGCCCUUUCUGUACUUUUUGUGGUUGUCUUCUGCUACCAGGCCACCUCCUCUCCAAUUUCUCUCCACUCUGGUCCCUGCUGUGUUGUGUACAACCUUGGACCAUUGCCCUUGAGCCAUGUGAAGAAUUAUGUGCCCACGGGGGGCCACUGCUCCAAGCCAGCUGUGAUAUUUACCACAAUCAAGAACAAGCUGGUCUGUGCCCACCCUGAUGAGAAGUGGGUCAAGGACAUAAUGAAUCAAUUAAAGGACAAGAAGCACAGUGGAUAAGCAAUACCCUGCUCUCUCCAAGCACCACUUCUGCAGGAAUGUGCUCUCAUGGACACCUCCAAGACAUAAUCUAUUUUCUCAUUGCCUGGGAAUUUGGCAGGGUAUUCAACUCAGUGUUUAGCUCUUUUAUGGAAGCCUGUGCAAUGCCGGUCUUAAUUUAUUUGACAUUUUCAGUGAAACUUUUAAUUCUCCAUUGUACUGAAGGUGUUGAAGUUAUUUUUGUAUAAUAAAAAGGAGCAAAACUUGCAA